AUGGUCAUUCUCCUGAUGGUACUACAUUAGCAUCUGGUAGUGAAGAUAAGUCGAUCAGUUUAUGAGAAGUAAAGACAGGAGAAGAAAUUGUAUCAGAUAAUCGAUAUAAAAACAUUUUAGCAUAAUUUUAAACUCCAAUUUAUAAAAACAAAAUAUUUAAAGAAAGUGGUAUUAAUUAUCAAUUAUUAUUUAAGUUCAUCGAUUAUAAAUAUUCUUCUGAUAUCACAAUAGCCUAUAUUUUAAUCUUAAGGAGCAUUAAUUUUGAAAGGAGAAUUUAGCAAUCAAUCAGGUAUCAAUUUGAGGAGAUUAAACAAAGAGGAAGUAUCAUUUUAGAGAACCAAAUUGAAUUUUAAAAACCAUGA